UCCGCCUAGAUGAUUUACGGUGAAUUCAAACCUAUCACCGUAAGUUCGAGGACUUGUUCAUUGUUUAGUGUGAUCUCAACAGCUCCACACCUCUUCAAGGAAGAUCAAAUUGUAUGGUAAAAACUGUAAACCGUAUGCUAUAUCCCAAUCCAAGAAGGGAGACAAAGUUACUUACCCUUCACAUGAAUCUCAAACGAUGCCCCAAAAAAAAAAAAAGAAGAAGCAGGGUUUGACUCGUGCUCUCCGUUUGAUCUGUGACUCACUUUAUUACAUCAUUUCAGUUCCUAUCAAUGAUCUGAAUCAUGAUCAUCCCCCUUUCCGAUGAAUUCCCACUAGAUCCUUUCCUUCCCCUCCUCUCUACGGUCGAAAACGACAACGGACCAGAAAAUAAAUUCAAUUGCAUGGAGCUCCGUUUUCACAUGCAUUAUGUGCUCAUAGAUCAUCUUGAAAUCCAUUGGAUCAUCAACCGCUUCAUUUCUAGUUUCAUGUUGGAAAGUGAGAUUAAAACAAUGCCAGUAAAUAAUCAACUUUCCAAAUCUGGAGGAGUUUCUAUUCGAUAGCUACGUACCUAUACGCCUCUCUGAUUGACCACCAAGUAGGCACGGAGUCGCUCGUAUUGACGGUCAUGCAGAUAUCCCAAGUUUAUACUGCACAGGUCCCUUCUACAUCAGUUGAUGGUGGUCUCAACGCGUCUCCUCUUUACAUCAUCAAUCCAUCGAACCCUUGUCCAUCCAUGCAUGCGUCAUGCACGACAUUGUAUAUCAAUCGUGCUGAGUUCGUUCCUUCAUUUUAAGUGAGAUCAUGGGUAUUAUGACUUUCUAUUCACUAAAAUUAAUCUCAUUUGGCGAUCGGUUUGCUCAAGCACAAGGUUCUACCUGGGAUUACAUGUGGCUAAUUUACCGUCACAUCCUCUAAAUUGGUAAAAGUUCGUUCUAAGGGAUCAAACAGUAAAUUUUGGGAUUGUUAGAGGGAAGAAGUAUAUAAUCCAAUCGCAAGACACUCAUACUCCAAGUAACGGUCACACGGGCAUCAAAGUGGUUUUCCCCCCAAAACGUGAUCGCAUUUAAACCCCAAAACUCUUCACUCACACUCCCUACUUAUCCCCCGCGCCCUCGUAAGCUUAUACCCCAACUCUCAGCUCUCACUCCCUCUCAUCAAACUCUUCAACUCGUCAGACCUUCCUAUCCGAGACAAUGGAAAACUGCCGAAAGUCCCCGUUUAAGCCGUGGAAGAAGGGCCCGGCACGGGGCAAGGGUGGCCCUCAGAACGCCUCCUGCUCUUACCGAGGGGUGAGGCAGAGGACUUGGGGCAAAUGGGUUGCUGAGAUCAGGGAGCCGAAGAAGCGGACACGGCUCUGGUUGGGCUCGUUCGCCACGGCAGAGGAGGCAGCCAUGGCGUACGACGAGGCUGCAAGGAGGCUGUAUGGGCCCGAGGCAUACCUUAACUUGCCCCACCUCCAGGCGGGCCAGAGCUUCCCGAACAAGGCCCACAACAAGUUCAAGUGGUUCCCUUCGAGGAACUUCAUAUCGAUGUUCCCCUCGUGCGGGCUGCUCAACCUCAAUGCCCAGCCCAGCGUUCAUGUCAUUCACCAGAGGCUCCAGGAACUCCAGCAUAGGACUGGUCCCUCGGACUCCAAGGCCGAGAAGACUGACAGAGACGACCACAGGUCGAAGGAGAAGGAUCAGGUGGAGACUGGACCUAGUGAGGAGAAGCCGCAGAUUGAUCUGAAUGAGUUUCUCCAGCAGAUGGGGAUCCUGAAAGGGGAGGAUCCACCGGAGAAGAAUGACUCGGAAGAGCACAACCAGGUGGUGCAAGAAACACCAUUCAAGGAAUAUGAUCCACUGGCCAUUUUCGAGGACAAGAACUUCGACUGGGAUGCGCUGAUCGAGAUGCAGGGCUUUGGAGGUCACCAGGAAGGAGGAACAAGCAGUUGUCAGCUCUACGAUAUCGGUGAAGGCCUCACAUUGCCUUCCACCAUUUGGAACUUCUGA